AGAGAAGGUGGCCGCGGAGGUGCGGGAGCCGAGAGGUGGCGCGGGGGCUGCACCGCCCGCAAGCUGGAGAGGGAUGCUUCCAGCGAUGCGCGUUCCGCCCGGGCAAGCGCUUCAUUCUUCCGCGGCGCCCCUGGAGAACUGGAGACUGAUGCAUGAGGGGCCCACGGAGGCGCAGGAGCGGUGGUGAUGGUUUGGGAAGCGGAGCUGAAGUACGCUGGGCUUUGGUGAGGAGUGACAGUUUAUCAUGACCGUGUUCAGGCAGGAAAACGUGGAUGAUUACUACGACACCGGCGAGGAACUUGGCAGCGGGCAGUUUGCAGUCGUGAAGAAAUGCCGUGAGAAAAGCACCGGUCUACAGUAUGCCGCCAAAUUCAUUAAAAAAAGGAGGACAAAAUCCAGCAGGCGGGGUGUGAGCCGUGAGGAUAUCGAGCGGGAGGUCAGCAUCCUGAAGGAGAUCCAGCACCCCAACGUCAUCACCUUGCAUGAGGUUUAUGAGAACAAGACGGAUGUCAUCCUGAUUUUAGAACUCGUUGCAGGGGGCGAGCUGUUCGACUUCUUAGCUGAAAAGGAAUCUUUGACCGAAGAGGAAGCAACUGAAUUUCUCAAACAAAUUCUUAAUGGUGUUUACUACCUGCACUCCCUUCAGAUUGCCCACUUUGAUCUUAAGCCCGAAAACAUAAUGCUUUUGGAUAGAAAUGUCCCCAAACCUCGGAUCAAGAUCAUCGACUUUGGAUUGGCCCAUAAAAUUGACUUUGGAAAUGAAUUCAAAAACAUAUUUGGGACGCCAGAGUUUGUUGCUCCUGAGAUAGUCAACUAUGAACCACUUGGUCUUGAGGCAGAUAUGUGGAGUAUUGGGGUAAUAACCUAUAUUCUCCUAAGUGGGGCCUCCCCAUUUCUCGGAGACACUAAGCAAGAAACGUUAGCAAAUGUAUCUGCUGUCAACUACGAAUUUGAGGAAGAAUAUUUCAGUAAUACCAGUGCCCUAGCCAAAGAUUUCAUAAGAAGACUGCUCGUCAAGGAUCCUAAGAAGAGAAUGACAAUUCAAGAUAGUUUGCAGCAUCCCUGGAUCAAGCCUAAAGAUACCCAGCAAGCACUUAGUAGAAAAGCAUCAGCAGUAAACAUGGAGAAAUUCAAGAAGUUUGCAGCCCGGAAAAAGUGGAAACAAUCCGUUCGCUUGAUAUCACUGUGCCAAAGAUUAUCCAGAUCAUUCUUGUCCAGAAGUAACAUGAGUGUUGCCAGAAGCGACGAUACUCUGGAUGAGGAAGACUCCUUUGUGAUGAAAGCCAUCAUCCACGCCAUCAACGAUGACAAUGUCCCAGGCCUCCAGCACCUCCUGGGCUCGUUGUCCAACUAUGAUGUUAACCAACCCAACAAGCAUGGGACACCUCCGUUACUUAUUGCUGCUGGCUGUGGAAAUAUUCAAAUGCUACAGUUGCUCAUUAAAAGAGGUUCAAGAAUUGAUGUCCAGGAUAAGGGUGGAUCCAAUGCCAUCUACUGGGCUUCUCGGCAUGGCCACGUAGACACCUUGAAAUUUCUCCAUGAAAACAAAUGCCCUUUGGAUGUUAAAGACAAGUCUGGAGAGACAGCCCUUCAUGUGGCAGCUCGCUACGGCCACGCCGAUGUGGUUCAGUUACUGUGCAACUUCGGCUCCAAUCCCAAUUUCCAGGACAAGGAAGAAGAAACCCCCCUGCACUGUGCUGCUUGGCAUGGCUAUUAUCCUGUGGCCAAAGCCCUUUGUGAAGCUGGCUGCAAUGUGAACAUUAAGAACCGAGAAGGAGAGACACCCCUCUUGACAGCCUCUGCCAGGGGCUACCACGACAUAGUGGAGUGUGUGGCUGAACACGGUGCCGACCUCAAUGCCUCAGACAAGGAUGGACACAUUGCUCUUCAUCUUGCUGUAAGACGAUGUCAGCUCGAAGUCAUCCAGACUCUCAUCAGCCAGGGAUGUUUCGUCGAUUUCCAAGACAGGCACGGCAACACCCCCCUGCACGUGGCAUGCAAAGAUGGCAACGUGCCUAUUGUGGUGGCCCUCUGUGAAGCCAGUUGCAAUUUGGAUAUCUCAAACAAGUAUGGACGAACACCUCUACACCUUGCAGCCAACAACGGCAUUCUUGACGUGGUCCGCUACCUCUGUCUGAUGGGCGCCAACGUGGAGGCACUGACCUCGGAUGGAAAGACAGCAGAAGAUCUUGCUAGGUCAGAACAGCAUGAACAUGUAGCAGGUCUCCUUGCAAGACUCCGAAAGGACAGACAUGAUGGCCAAAGCAUGAAAGCGCAAAGUGGCAAGAUCAACAGGGCAAGAAACAGACAGAAAAGUUCCCCAAGCCCAUUCAUUGCACAGUGCACCCAGGAUCCAGUGAAUGGAUUGAAACCCAGGCAGGUUUCCUGCCUUUCUCCUGUCUCAGGAGUAGCAGACACUGGCUUCACACAAAGGAUCUGUGUGUGUGUCACUGUCCAGGCCGUGGCCGACCCAACACCACCCCCCUCCCCCAACUCCACCAGGUUCCCGCCUUCGCCCCUGGCCUCCAAGCCGGCAGUGUCCGUGAGCAUCAACAACCUGUACCCGGGCUGCGAGAACGUGAGCGUGAGGAGCCGCAGCAUGAUGUUUGAGCCGGGCCUCACCAAGGGGAUGCUGGAGGUGUUUGUGGCCCCGUCCCACCACUCGCACUGCUCUGCUGAUGACCAGUCCACUAAGGCCAUCGACAUCCAGAACGCCUAUUUGAAUGGAGUUGGCGAUUUCAGUGUGUGGGAGUUCUCUGGAAAUCCUGUAUACUUCUGCUCUUAUGACUAUUUUGCUGCAAAUGAUCCCACAUCAAUCCAUGUCAUCGUUUUUAGUCUAGAAGAACCCUAUGAAAUCCAGUUGAAUCAAGUGAUUUUCUGGCUCGGUUUCCUGAAGUCUCUCGUGCCAGUUGAAGAACCCAUAGCCUUUGGCGGCAAGCUGAAGAACCCACUCCGAGUUGUCCUGGUGGCCACCCACGCUGACAUCAUGAACGUUCCUCGUCCAGCUGGAGGCGAGUUUGGAUAUGACAAAGACACGACAUUGCUGAAAGAGAUCAGGAACAGGUUUGGGAACGAUCUUCACGUUUCAGAUAAGCUCUUUGUUCUGGAUGCUGGGGCUUCUGGGUCUAAGGACAUGAAGGUACUUCGAAAUCACCUGCAGGAAAUACGGAGCCAAAUUGUUUCGGUCUGCCCUCUGAUGACUCACCUGUGUGAGAAAAUCAUCUCCACGCUGCCUUCCUGGAGGAAGCUCAAUGGGCCCAACCAGCUGAUGUCGCUGCAGCAGUUUGUGUAUGACGUGCAAGACCAGCUGAACCCCUUGGCCAGCGAGGAGGACCUCAGGUGCAUAGCCCAGCAGCUCCACAGUACUGGCGAGAUCAACAUCAUGCAAAGUGAAACAGUUCAGGAUGUGCUACUCCUGGACCCCCGCUGGCUCUGUACCAACGUCCUGGGGAAGCUGCUCUCCGUGGAGACCCCACGGGCCCUCCACCAUUACCGGGGCCGCUACACCAUGGAGGAUGUCCAGCGCCUGGUGCCUGACAGCGACGUAGAGGAGCUGCUGCAGAUCCUAGAUGCCAUGGACAUCUGUGCCCGGGACCUGAGCAGUGGGACCAUGGUCGACAUCCCCGCCCUGAUCAAGACAGACAACCUGCACCGCUCCUGGACAGACGAGGAGGACGAGGUGAUGGUCUACGGUGGUGUGCGCAUUGUCCCCGUGGAGCACCUCACCCCCUUCCCAUGUGGCAUCUUUCACAAGGUUCAGGUGAAUCUUUGCCGGUGGAUCCACCAACAGAGUGCUGAGGGAGAUGCCGACAUUCGCCUGUGGGUCAGCGGCUGCAAGAUAGCCAACCGUGGGGCUGAGCUUCUGGUGCUCCUGGUCAACCACGGCCAGGGCAUCGAGGUCCAAGUGCGAGGGCUGGAGACGGAAAAGAUCAAGUGCUGCCUCCUGCUGGACUCGGUGUGCAGCACCAUCGAGAACGUCAUGGCCACCACGCUGCCGGGGCUGUUGACGGUAAAGCAUUACUUGAGCCCCCAGCAGCUGAGGGAGCAUCACGAGCCCAUCAUGAUCUACCAGCCACGAGACUUCUUCCGGGCACAGACCCUGAAGGAGACCUCGCUGACUAACACCAUGGGUGGGUACAAGGAAAGCUUUAGCAGCAUCAUGUGCUUUGGGUGUCACGACAUCUACUCACAGGCCAGCCUAGGGAUGGACAUCCACGCAUCAGAUCUGAACCUUCUGACCCGGAGGAAACUUAGUCGUCUGCUGGACCCGCCCGAUCCCAUGGGGAAGGACUGGUGCCUUCUCGCCAUGAACUUGGGCCUCCCCGACCUUGUGGCAAAGUACAACACCAAUAAUGGGGCUCCCAAGGAGUUCCUGCCGAGCCCAGUCCAUGCCCUACUCCGGGAAUGGACCUCCUACCCUGAAAGCACAGUCGGCAUCCUCAUGUCCAAACUGCGGGAGCUGGGGCGCCGGGAUGCCGCAGACUUUCUACUGAAGGCGUCUUCUGUGUUCAAAAUCAACCUCGAUGGCAAUGGCCAGGAAGCCUACGCCUCAAGCUGCAACAGUGGCACGUCUUAUAAUUCCAUUAGCUCGGUUGUAUCCCGGUGAGGGCAGUCUUGGCUUGGGCAGGGUCUCUUCAGACUGCAGAAGCAAGAGAGUUGCAGCCCAUCUUUCCCAUUGGAGAUUCUGGGUACAUCCCUUCCUGUGCCCACACACAGAAGGAUGCCACCCUCCCUCCAGCUUCACCUGUUUCUCUCCCACUUCCUCCUUCUCUCUCAUACAUUCCAUUGUGAGUGGAUGGUCUUUCUAGUUUAUGAGCUGACCAUACCCUUUACUUUGGCCAUUUGAAAAGCUACUGUCUCUCCUCUCUAUGUUCUGGACUCCAUCUCUCAGCCUCUAAUACCUUGCUUCUUACCGAUAAUUUCACCGGAAUUCCUAACUUUUCAAUGAAAAUUUUUUAACUACUAUAUUGAUUGUCCUUUAAAUAAAAAGCGCACAUUUAUCCAAAAUGUGCAUUUCUUAUACUCUUUUCUUUAUUACACCAUGUCCUCAGCUUAUCUUUUUUAUAUUUGUAGGAAAACCUCUCCCAUGUAUGGACUCCCACUGUAUGAUUUAUAAAUAGACAAUAUGUGAGUGCCUUUUGCAGAUGAGGGUGUGUUUGCAAUCAUCCAAGUCAGCCAGGAGCUGUCACAAAGGAAACGCUCCCUCUCUGUCCCUUGCUGUAUGCUGAUCAUCGCCAGAGGUGCUUCACCCUGAGUUGUUGCUGUUUCCCCCCCUCCCCCCAGCAAUGUUUAUGUUUUAUUUGGCAAGGAAAGGGGAGAAAGGAAUCCUCCUCUAGAGUGAUUUCAUGGCCAGUGUUGUUGCUAUGAUAAGACGUGUUUGUUAGCUUUUGUUUAAACGUCAAUGUGAACAUCCACAUGGAAACUACAGACCAUCAUGCUUUAUCAUUCCCUCUCAUCUCAGGUAGAAGGUUGACACAGUUGUAGGGUUAUGAAGAGCUGUAUGAGAGUUCAGACAACCCCUGACUCAUGAUUUGUGGCAGUCUGUUGUCAUUCGUGCAUAGCAGAUGGUUCUCCACGUUUAGAUCCUGGUUUGAUAAUUUCCUGUACUUGAAGUCUAAAAAAAGAAAAUAAAGGAAACAAGUUUAAUCUUGCAGUGAUUUUAAAUCGUGAUACAGUUUUAAAUUCAUAUGAGGAAAUGUCCUUAUUCUUCUGUCCUGAGAAGCAUGUAAUUUUAAUGUUAUAUCAUAUGUAUAUAUAUAUAUGCAGUAUGUAUAUACAUAUAUAUUAAUACAAGUAUUUUUACUUAAUCUAUAAGAUGUAGUAAAAAGUUGUUUUUCUUUUCUUUUUGUUUUUUUUUUCCUUUUUUAAAAAAUAAACUGUUGCUUGUUGCAUUA